AUGUUACGUUCUCCUGUUCUCCCAACGCGUCGUAAGGCAGUAAAGACAUAUGGAAAGACUUCUCGCUCCAAGACGGCUUCAUUCAAAGUUUUUCAAGAUGCCGUUGAUAGAGAUGACACCGAGAAAAAAAGCUGGCCAGCCAUAACGUCUUCCCCUCCUAUCGUUGGACAACAAAUUUCUAGCUCGAUAUCUGAUAUAAACCUAACGGACGAUCUUGAUGACCCAUUUGCAGACCCUCUAUCUUUGCCUUCAACCAAAUCAAAAUUCCCAGAUCCCAUUGCAACUUCCCAUCACAGUGAUAAAAGAGCUCUAAAAGCUACAGCUUUAAGAGAGAAAUCGACAAACCACCCUAUUCUGAUAAGAUCAGCUGCACAAAUUAGAGAAACAUCUGAAGCUUCCACCACAUCUCUUCUUCGCCAAAACAUAAAGAAUCAUCGAACGAAGAAACAGAAAUUCAACAAUACUCCAAGGGUUAUAUCUGACGCAAAAACACCAUUACGCCCCCAAAAACACAGAUAUUUAAAACCAGUAUACGAGCAACGAGAUUUCCCAGAAGCUCAAUCUCCAACCAAGAUAAGAGGAUAUAUUUCACAAGAAACCGAAUCAGAUGGAAUAUACAGCGAGGGGCCCACAAUACUAGGAACUCCAGCUAGUGAUAUGGAUGAUAAUGCUAGUACUACAUCUGUGACAUGGGUCCGUGAGAGAGCAAGGGACAUUUUUAGUGGAACAAGGAAGGCGGCUGGAAAGAUUAUGGGAGUUGCACCAUCGAACGCUAAAUGUAGAGAUCAAAAGGAGGAACGUCCUAAGCUGAAGGACAUUAUCAAAAAUGGAGCUAUUAAGGGUUCUUAUGGGGCCAUGAACAAUCAUCUCAAAAAUAAGGGUAGCGUUAGUCUACAUGAAUAUUCACAGGAACCCCUUUCUCGUCCAGAAGAUUGCCAAAACAAGGAUUCUGGAGACCUGGGUCUCCACAGAACGACUAAUUCUAGCCGCCAAAAGAACUUUUGGAGAUCGGAGAAUAUCCAGGAUUUAUUGAUGUUAGGAUCGGCGAAAAUUCAAUACACUAAGAAACAGAAAGAUCACAGUUCCAAACACGCUACAGGAAAUGAGGAUCCCAAUUCUUUCCAGAAUUCUGUCAAUACCAGUCCGCAGGGAAGCGUAUAUGACCUAUCAGAUAAUGGAAUGCCUUCAUCAAGUCCAUUGUUUAAAUCGACCCCAAAUAAGGAACAGUGCAAUUCAAGAUCUAACAAAAACCCAUUUUACUCCGAUGCCGACUCUUGUAAGGAUAUGUAUAUGGAUGGAUCAUUGAAUGAAAGAUCAUCUGAUGAGGGCAACGAAACCACAAAAUGUGACGAAGACGAAUUGCUCGGCAAAAAUAUACACUAUAAAGAGAAAGUGAAGAGGAAUGCAAUGCCUACGGAAAACCAGCGCCUGAUCCUGCGGGCUGCAUCAUCUGAGGACGAAUUUUAUCAAGCUCCAUAUGAUUGUCAAGCUCUGAACGACAUAGAAACCUUUAGGAAGAGCGUUACAGGGAACGAGGAAGGUCAUGUGCGGAGGGGCAUUGGGAGUUAUAAAAAGAAAAACGUAAAGGCUUUGGAUACCGCACAUACUAGCAAAACACUUGGCGAUGGCCCCCCAAAGGAGUUCAAUCAGCGGCAACAACACGGCAAAGAUAUCAUUCAUGUCGGUGGCUCAAGAACAAGCAGAUAUGUGCCAGUCAAAGGAACAGUUGAGGGGGCCGGGAAAAAAAACGACAAAAGUAACCGGGAAAGAGUCCCCUUGAAGAAAAAAUCGAGCGGAAGAAUUGGGAAGGGUGGAGUAGGUAAAGAGACUAGAAAACGAAAGUCUUCUCGGGGUUAUGAAAAACUAGAGGAUGAUGAUAUGGAUGAGUUGCAGAUGGAUUUACCAUCGAUGAUGAUUUGA